GAACAUACUGACUCUCUGGACAUAUCAUUAAUAUGUUGUUUUCAAGACUCUCGCUUAGAGUUUACUAUACACCUUUUGUGUUUCCGAUGGAACAUGACGAGGCGAAGUGCAUACACCGUUGAUAGUGUGCAUGUUAUUGAGUUUCCUUAACGCCUGGUGUCGUCAUUGUAAAUACAAUCAUGUUUUGAAAGGUUUCAUCAUUUGUUUCUUCACCUCGGUCUUAUGUUCUUCUCACCAUUUUCUUCACCCACACAGUGUUUUCUUCUUCUCUACCGCAUUCCCCGUCACCUGUUGUACACGUUUAGGACGCCGGGCGACUAUCUGGUUCAGCUGAAGGUUUCACGACGACAUGUAUUCAGUAGUCACGCUUCACCUGCUCAUUGAGCCAGUACACGGGGUUACCGCCCCAGAGAGAAUCACACCUUGGAAGAGUCUAGUCCAGGGUAUACUCGCCUGUCAGCUGACAAUGGUUUUCUUUCCAAGCCCGCCAACGCUUCAUCUGUUCCUGGUGAUGUCUGUCUGCCUGGCUCUCGAUGUGGACGAUGAUAAGUGUCCCCCGGAAUAUAUUCAGCUACCGCACUACGAUAAUCGCUGCUUCUACAUCGGCACUCCGACUACGUGGACGGACGCCUGGACGAAAUGUCAUAGUGACCUUGGUGUUUUGUACAGCUUCAAUGAUCUGCACACGGGGAGACCUUGGGACGCGAUAUCUGCAUACCUAAACACGAAUGGUAUCAAUCGAACAUGGACAGGCAUAUACAUACGUGAUGGACUCAGAAUGGAUACACUUGAGGACCCUUAUUUCGUUGAAACGAGUAUACACUGGGCUGAAGGACAGCCGGACGAAGGACAGCCAGGAGACAGACUUCUCUGUUCAUCAACACCUUUCCCUGGAACACCCAAGCGAGAGAAUAUUUUUCCUCAAGAAUCGGAUUAUACACCAAUAUCGCUCACCGACUGUGACGCGGUGCGCCUACCAUACGUCUGUGCAACCGAACAACUGUUAAAACCCAAUCUUCAGAGAGUUUCCACGUGUCCAAGUGGAUAUUUCGGCUCCCCACGACUUCAGCAAUGCUACAAGGAGUCGGGUGUUGCUACGUUUGAGGACGCAGAGAAUCUAUGCACACAAGGAGGUGGAAAACUGGCCCGAGUAGACUUAUUGUUCCAUCUGAACGUGGUCUCCCAGGGACUCACACAACUUAGAACUUUCGAAGAGACGGAAAACCCAAUAAGUGGGCCAACAUGGGUAGAUGCUGGUACUUCAUGCAACGUCAUCGACAGCCGCUUGACCGACAUGUCUUAUCACUGGAACUGCAACGCAACACUGAACUAUGUUUGUGAAAAACCGGCUUUAUAUGAAGAAAAGAUUGACAUUACUGCAACGGCAAUAACAAGGUUCCCUGCACGUCCGAUUGGAAAGUCUGGCGAUGUUGAGAUUUCUCUACCCAAACCGUCUGAGUCUGGCCAAUUCGCCCGAUUGAACUGUAGUUUCAAGGGGUUUAAUUCUGCAAUUGAUAAAGUGGCAUGGUACCGCAAUGGCCGUGUGAUGCCCAUAUGGAUGUAUUCAACAAACAGAGACGGAGUUUAUCUGAACGUAACGUUGGGAGUUCGAGAGGCGCCUAUAACAAUGGUGGGAUACUACUGGUGUGAAACCAACAACAGGAACAAGAAGAGGUUGGAACGUUCAAACAGCAUCUUUCUACGACUUAUUGAUGAGGAACUGCAUGCCGGAAGUAUUGAGCUCGAGCAGCCGCAAAAGAUCUUGACAAGCACUUAUAGCAGGUUCAACCUCUUCGGGACCGUCACUGUGGCUAUAGACACGAUUGUGAAAGCUUAUAAUAGCACCACAAAGGGCAUUCUCCCUACCUUCAUACAUCCACUGAGGUUUAGAAAUAGAGGUGCAAUCAUGGAUUUCAUGUCAUACCACUCUUCAAUCAUGACAGACGACUUCAUUGAUCCGAAAGAUGUUUUGAAAAUGACGAAAGAGUACUUACAGACCGGAUUUAGAAUUAAUAACGCCAUGAAGUAUUUCCAGCCCAACACUCUCCAACUCAGAAGUAUUGAUUACUGUUUUGACUUCAAACAUGUCGUGGAGGAGACAGGCCGGGAGUUCCUGAUCCCACGGAUAAAGCUGGGCCAGACAUUCUACUCUCCACAGCGCUGUCUUGUCAAUAAUCGGCCGUUUGGUGUAAUGGAGUGCAAGGGGGACAAACUGUACGGUGCCUAUUGGGGAGAGUUUCAGCUCAACGCCCCCUGUGACGUCCCGGAUCUACCUGACUCAGCAAUAUCACCUUCACUGAAGACAGUGUCAGAGGUUGCGGUUAAUGAUGGUAAUGUCGAAGAAGUCCUUCGGAAUGCUUCCACCAUAAUCCAGAAUGCGACCUUAACCGUGAUUGACUUGUUGUAUGUCACAAACAUCAUGGAGAACAGUGUGCAAGUAUCGGACAUCACCACAAAUGCUGCUAAAAACUUUCUCGAAGUAUACGAGAAAGUUUUGGAAACAACUGACAAGGUCCUGGUGGAUUCACAAACAAUAGGCAAAGUUGCAAACAGGGUUUUAAAGGCAACAGACUUGGCGACGGCGAAAUUGAAGAUCCAACAGGCGGGCCACCAAAAAGUUGUUUCAGACACUUUUGGUACAGAGGCAUGGGAUAUAACACGAGUACCUGAACUGUAUCUAAGAAUUGGUCAGCAGCUCGUAGACAAUGCCACAACGCUGAAGGAUGAUAGCCUGGAACCCAUGUUCGCAAGUUCCGAGUUGAAUCCCAACACAUACGCCAGUAUCUUUUUCAAGAAAGAAUUCCUGAGAUCUUUCCAAGCUUCCGAGGGCGUUCGCGUUUCAGUGAAUGUAUAUCAAAACACUAGAUUGUUUGGAGUCAGCGAAUCAUCAUCUGGUGACGAACGUCAGUAUCAACUCAACAGCAAGAUCAUCGCAGCGAAAAUACUCGUUGACGGGCGUCCCAUCACGGAUCUGACAGACUCACAGGUCACCGCUGUGUUCCUGCCCAAUAAGAUCCUCCCAACAGACAAACGCAGUAAUCUAACUACCUGUGGAUAUUGGAAUUUCACCGGAAAUGACGACCGCGGAUCCUGGUCGACAGACGGUUGUCGUUAUGUGCGAGAAGAAUAUGGCCGUGACGUCUGUGUUUGUGAACAUCUUACGAACUUUGCAGUGUUGCUGGACUUCUACGGACAAGACACCCUCACACACUCCCUGGCUCUCAGCAUCAUCACAAUCAUUGGACUCAGUCUCUCAAUACUUGGCCUGUCGUUGACAGUCCUCACAUUUAUAAUAUUCAGGAAGUUACGUCGCAACCGUGUACAACAGACGCUGUUCAACCUGGCUCUGGCCGAACUCUUCUCGUGGAUUGUGUUCCUGGCCGGAAUAAAUCAGACCCAGGACUAUAUUGGGUGCAUCGCGGUCGCCGUGCUGCUGCACUAUCUGAUACUUGUGUCGUUCAUGUGGAUGCUGAUGGAGGCUGUGCUUCACUACUUUCAAUUUGUCAAAGUGCUUGGCACCUAUAUCUCCAAGUACAUGCUGAAGACAGCCCUGCCUGCGUGGGGUAUACCACUUCUCCCCCCUGUUAUCAUCCUGGCCAUUGAUCCUAGUCUGUACAGAGGAGGCGAAAACUAUUGCUGGAUGUCUUUAACUCCUUUCUACUACGGCUUCUCCCUCCCCGUUGGCCUCAUCAUCAUCAGCAACAUCGUCCUCUACAUCAUGGUGGUGGUCAACAUCUGCAGGAAGUCGUCAGCCGCUGUCAGAAGCACCCAAGCAGAUCGUGACAGAAUGAUAGUGAACGUCCGAGCUUCGUGCCUUUGUUUUGUACUUCUAGGUUUGAGCUGGGUGUUCGGCUACAUGGCCAUUGCGGAUGCCAGGGUGGUGUUCCAGUACAUCUUCACCAUCACAAACUCCAUACAGGGCUUCCUCAUCUUCAUCCUCUUCAUAGCUCGUAACAAGGAGGUUCGAGACAGCUGGAGGAAGAUGUGCUGCAAGAAGAAAGUAACUAAAGACAGUAAAUCGAACCUAUACAGUGUCGCAGGAACAGCGAAUACCAAACAAUCUACUCUCAACACCGACAGUAGUACUGACGGUCAGUGCGACACAGCUGUCAACUAAGUAUCUAACGAUGCGUUUCUUACUGCGAAGGAAGCUGGGAAUAGUAACAAUUCUCUGCGCGACACUACAACAAAUGUAUAAACAAUGAUACUCGUAGCUUGGAAACUGAAACCAACCAGUAUGUAUAAUUAACAACAUGAACAACACCGAUCUAUGUGAACACUGGAAAUAUUACCGAUAAGUGUAAAAUUAAUGUUCGAGAUGUUGAGCCGAAUCAUCAUCAUAUUGCUGCUUUGUUGUAAAGGAUAGUUUACGAUUUAACUUUAUGUCUUAUUUAUGAUGUCACCAAUCUAUACAUUACUUCUUUAUAACAACAUACUAACUACAGUGAAGUGUUUUCUCAGGAUGUAAUAAAUAAACUUAGAAGUG